CUCUGGAAAUCAGAUAGCGGCAAGGAACGGACGGACGUCGAAGAAGGAAGGAGAAGAGACAGAGAACCGGUAGUGGGAGAGGAGGGAAGGAGAAAUCGGCGAUGGCGGACGCAGUUAUUAUCACAUCAGCGUCCAUCGCGUGUUCAGGGCGGUUGUCCAGGACUGUCCUCACAGCAGCUGGGGAGAGGAGUGCUGGAUCGACGGCGGCUGUGCCGCAAUGCAAAUGCCAAUUUGUUGCAUCGCUUGCGGAUUGCGGUUUGAGGCUGCACAAGUCCACGAGGAGAAUUGUGGCAAAUGAGAACCCAGUCGGUCAGAUCAGAUCCAGUUGGAAGACUGGGCAUACUUUGAGAUGGCACCCAAGCAGCAGUUUGAACUUGCAGAGUGCUAUGGGACGGCGCAGUUCUGUACUAGUGGAUGCUAAGGCCCGUAGCAAGGCACCCGAGAAGGCUGAAUAUCCUUCACCGGACUACAGACUAGCAAUUGGCUUCCUUGGUGUUGCUGGGGUUCUUGCAUCAUUGAAGGCAGAAUUGGCUGCGGCUCCUGUUGGACUUCUUGGCAUAUUACUUCUCGUUCAGGUGCGUGAACUGAAUCCAGAGAAGUGUCGGACUGGGACUUUGUUUAGCAUUAUUGCCACUUGCAAGUCAGGGCCUUUUGACGACCAGGUUCAUGUUCAAUAAAGUUAAGCGAACUUGAACCAGGACCUUUCGACGACCAGGUUCAUGUUUUCUGAGCACAAACAUAGUGCACCGGUGGAGCCUGACCCUUGGUGCUAAUUGUAUCUGGUAUGCCUUGCAUCUCUGUAAGGAAGAUCUAGCUGCACCUGCAGCCAGACCGGUUGGCAUGUUGCUGCUAGUUCAGGGAUAGGGAUAACAUCAUAACAGGUAGAUACAGCCCACCGGAAAACCUAAUGGGUUUAUCAUGCCUGAAAUCUUCCGAUUGGGUACGAAGGGCCUGCGGGAGAAUGAAUCUGCCACAAAUAC